AUGGAUGGUAAGAGUAACCUUCCUUCGCCCCUUCCGAGUGACCAAAUUCAAAAGUCUCAAGAUAAAACCCUCAGCUCUAGCACCAGCCCAGUUAGUGAGGUUCCUUCAUCAUCGCAAAGAACUGAAACCUCCGAUUCCAGCUCCGCAGUUCCAAAAAAAGAACUCCCUUCUUCUCAGAAACCGUCUACUGUGUCUUUCUCGAGUGGCCAAACUUCGAAAAACACAAGUUUCGCUUCUCAGGGAACUCAUUUCAGUCGCUCUGACGCCCCCAGCCCAGAAAGUGAACGCUUACAAGCAGGUGCAUCUUUUUCUCGCUCAGAUGCUCCCAGUCCAGAGAGUGGCAGUUUCCAGUCUCAGAGAUCCGGUCUCAGUCACUCUGAUGUGUUGAAGUCAGAAGGUGUGGAGGAGAGAGAUUUUCGAAGUGAAGAAUCUGGAGCACCAACUUCAUCUACGGCUUCACGCUCCUCUUCUUUAUCCACCAGGAGAAGAGAGCAAGGCAUCAAGUCAGAAGCCUUCAUUUGA